AUGUCCCAGCCGCUCUUUGGCAUCGUUCCUGCCGGCCUGCCGGUCCUCACCUCGCCCUCCGAGACGCCUUCGCCCGGCUCCUUUGUCUACACCAUCGUCUCGCCUCCCAACGCAAAACCCUUCAGCCACGUGGUCGUCUUUCUGCUUCCGGGCGUUCAGCUGCCUCCUGCCACCGCCGCCGCCAUCUACCUGGUCACCCCGCCCGUCGACUCGACCCAGACCGUCCCCUCGCUGCGCUUCCUCGGUGGCAUCGGCCCCGGAAAAGAAUCCGCCAUCUUCAAGAUCGCCGGCACAUCCACCAACACUCCUACUGUCCUCGGCAUCAGUGUCGAGGACGCAGCCGGCGUCGCUGCCCGCAUCGAUGACAUUCGCCCCGAAAAGCUGCUGCCACCCCCCUCAGCUGCUUCUUCGUCAACGUCCUCUCCCCCCUCCACCCUCCUCCUCGCCCAGCGCAUCGGCCAGAACGCCUUCAACUUCCUCGCCAGCUACAGCGCCCGGAUCCCCGGCAGCUCCUCUUCCGAAGAGGUCAUCCCCAUGCGUGCCUUCGAGGAGUGGUGGCGCAAGUUCGAAGGCCGCGUCCGCAGCGACCCGACCUUCCUGGAACGGCCAAUGGACUGA